AUGCCUACACAACGGCGCCGUCGGCCUGUCGAGGCCGAUGAAUCAGAGGAAGAUGUUCGCCCCAGACAAAGAAAUAGAGUUGAAUCCGAAGGCGAAGAGAACGAGCAAGAACCAAGCGACGCCGAAAUGGACGGCGACAGAUCUCAGCUGCAGAGCGCCGACGAACAACUAGCUAAGAAGCUGGUUCGCUAUGCUUUAUCCUGUGAAUUCUCAAGAACCAUCAUCCGAAGAGAUGGUAUUAAGGAAAGAGUUCUUGGAAACCAAGGUCGCUCUUUCAGGCGUAUCUUUGAAUUGGCGCAAAAGCAGUUGCGAGAGUUCUGGGGCAUGGAGAUGCGAGAGCUGCCAGUUAGAGAAAAAGUCACCCUGCAGGAGAAGCGUCAAGCCAUGAAGAGCAACUCGCAACCCAAGCUCGGUUCCGGUUCCUACAUCCUCACCUCUACAUUACCAGAAGCCUAUCGUAGCGCUGUGAUCCUAGGACCUUCGAAGACGCCUAGUCCGGACGACGAGGCUACAUAUGCAGGCUUCUACACACUGGUCAUCACGUUGAUCUCGCUAAGUGGCGGAGAACUAAGUGAGCAAAAGCUGAAGCGCCACCUCCUGCGAAUGAAUGCCGACCAGAACGUCUCGAUGGACAAGACAGAGGUUAUCCUCAAGAAGAUGGAAAGACAAGGAUACGUCAUCAAAAGAGUUGAGCGGCCGCCUCUAGGCCAGGACGGUGAGCUGACCAUUACAUGGCAUGUUGGGCCACGCGGAAAGGAAGAAGUCGGGCUAGGCGGUGUGAUGGGUAUGACACGAGAAAUCUAUGGUGAGAGUUGGGACGAAGAAAUGGAAAAAAAGCUGCGCGCAAGUCUGAAUAUCAGACAGCCUCGGCAAAACGACGAUGAUGAGGAGGCUGACGCGGAAGCGAGUCGAAUGCAAGAAUGA